AUGGAUACCAGGAUUCACUAUGAUGGAUGGAGUCACAUCUAUGACGAGUGGAUGGACUCGGAUCACCCUGACAUCCACCCAGCAGGCUGGUGUGAGGCCACCGGUCACCCGCUCAAACCCCCACCACAGGACGCCAAACCACAGCAGACACAUGGUGUGAGGGAGCCUCCCACUCUGCCCCAGUCAACUUACCCUCCUUCUGUUCCCUGCAAGCCCAUCAGCCACACAAGAACCAACAAGUACAACUUUCACAACAGGAAGUGUCCAACCCCGGGUUGUGACGGUUCAGGUCACGUGACUGGUCGCUUCACGGCACAUCACUGUGUUUCGGGCUGCCCAUUAGCUGAGCGCAACCAAGGCAGACUCAAGGUGGAGCUAUCAGACUCUGAGAGCAAGAGGAGUCUCUUUUUUGGCCAGAGAACCAAGAAGACACAUUAUCGUGGCAGGAUUGGACGUCCACCCAAAUAUAGGAAGAACCAGCAGAGAGACUAUCAGAACAUUACAUCUGAGUGUGUCUAUCCAUCGUUGUUUGUGUCGGCUCUGAGCGGUCAGUCAGACCGUACUCUGUCUCUGUGCUGGGAACAACACUGUAAAUUGCUACCUGGCGUACUGGGCAUUCCCGCAAGUCAGGUGGCGGCUUGGAGUGUGGAGGAGGUCUUCAACUUUGUGCAUAAUCUAAUUGGCUGCGAGGACCAGGCCCGUCUCUUUAAAGACGAGAUGAUUGACGGCGAGGCCUUUCUACUACUGACUCAGGCCGACAUCGUGAAGAUCAUGAGCAUCAAACUCGGCCCCGCCCUCAAGAUUUACAACGCCAUCCUCAUGUUCAAGAGCACGGAUGAAGCUCUCAAAUGACUCCGUUAGGGUGGGAUUAUCGGUGCAAUCAGUCAUCACGUGCCAAAUUCAUUGUGCAAGGCAAAAACUCCUUGUCUGAGCCCUUUUUGUGUUUCGUGUCCUGUGCCCAUCAGAUGGUGUGGUGUGGUGUACACGUUGAAGUAAAGGACAAUUUAGGAAGGAUCUGACAGACACAAAAUGGAUACCAGGGUGAGUUAGGGAACAUCAUAACAUUUUAGUUGAAGGAAUAGUUGCAUCAUUCUACUGGUACUUGCCCAAAAAUUGAGUUCUUUUUGCAAUCGGUAACAUAUCAGUGACAAAAUACUGUAACAAAUUGUAAUUGAAAAUGAAAAACAUACAUAUGUAUUCCAGCAGCAAGAUCAGAUAUAUUUCAAUUAGUUGGUUGAGUCCAUAACCCAUACUGGAAUAGCAACAGUGCUUAGCACACACCAACAGAGAAACUGUUUAACAUAUCAACCACACUCAUGAAUUCAUGAAAUGCACCCACACCAACCUUGCCCAACACACUCAAAAUGCAAGCAGGAACAAAACAAAGUAAAUAACAACAUUUGUGUGGAGUGUAUUGUAAAAAAUAAUAACACCAAUUUCAAGGACAAUUGCAUAUCAUUGAGUGAUUUGGCUAACUAAACAUUGUCAUGAAAUUCUCAUGAGCAAAAAAUACAGGAUAGAAAAAGAAAAGAAAACUCAUGGGUAAAGUUCUGCAAUAUGAAGUCGAUACAUUUCCCCAAAUAGUACAUUUGUUUAUAAUUUAAAAUACAUGAGAAGAGGACCUUAAAAAACUUAAAUGCAUAUUAAAUCACUCUAGCACUAUUGCGUGAAAAAAAUAAAUUUGAUUAUUUUCCAAAAAUCGCUCAGCCCUUAUUUUAAUCAACUAUACAUUUACAACAUCAUGUAGGCUGUUUUCUCAAAUU